AUGGAACAAUUUGCCAAAGAAUUGAAGCAUAAGAGGAUUACACUUGGCUUCACACAGGCUGAUGUUGGAUUAGCUUUGGGAAAUCUCUAUGGGAAGAUGUUCAGCCAGACCACCAUCUGCAGGUUUGAAGCACUCCAGUUGAGUUUCAAAAACAUGUGCAAGUUGAAGCCAAUCCUUCAGCGUUGGCUGAAUGACGCGGAGAAUAAUGGCGGCCUGCAGGAGAUUUGUAACAUGGAGCAGGUUCUGGAUCAGUCAAGGAAAAGGAAGAGAAGAACCAGUAUUGAGACUGGUGUGAAGAGAAACUUGGAGACCUACUUCAUGAAGUGUCCUAAGCCCACCAGUGAGGAGAUCUCUCAGAUUGCUGAAGAUCUCUGCUUAGACAAAGAGGUGAUCAGAGUUUGGUUUUGCAAUAGAUGA